AUGCUUUCCGGGUUGCUUGGGAACGUCUAUUUUGCCAAGGAGUACCAGUCGGGCGACCUCGCUACCCAGCGAUCCAUCCUGAACAACCUCUCCAAGUUCGGUGUCCAGAAAGCAAUCUUCAAGCUGCAGGGUGUGGAGCACAAAGACUUGUCGGAGGAGGAGCAAGCUGAGGUGUUGGAAGAGCUGCUCACGGCCCAGGAGAAACUCUUCGGCUACGAGCGGCACGUGGAACGACAUGGGAAGUUCCGAGUGUUGGAUCGCUUCUUGUUCAAGUGGUCCGAGGGUCAGACGCUUGACACCGCCACGACCAGCCAAACCCAGAGUGUUUCGACUGCCACAAACUUGAAGAAAACGGGCUCUGCAAGGGCCGUGGAGAUGAUGAAGCAUGGUGGCUCGCUCACUGAGGGCGAUGAGGAUGGCGAGCCGAGCACAGCGAAGCCCAGCGAGAGCUUUGGCCUCUUGAAGGAGAAGCGAAGGGAGUUGGAGUCCUUUCGUACGAGAUUGAGCAAGACGAGCGAGGACUUGCUUUUCGUCCUGACACAGGUCCGCAGCUUGGAGGACUCCUCAUGGGCCAAGAAGGAAAGCGAGCUGCAGAAAGCCUGCACUGCUUUGGACGGUUUUCUUCAGAAGAUUCGCUCUGCCCUUGCUGAGAAGCUCCCGCAAAACGUUGCCGACGACUACACAACCCCAGAUUGGCGACUUGGCCAAGGUGCUGGAGGAGGCCACUCUACACGAGAAGGCUUCCAAGCAAGUUUUGAAGACGGCUAG